AUGCAGCAGCAUUUUUUCCAUUUCGGGACUGGAGAUCCUAUAAUCUGACUGCAUGGGUUUCUAGGAAAUGGGCUGAAUAUAAGUGGGCUGGCAAGAGGAAUUCAUGGGAGUCAUUAUUUAUUGGACGCAAGAAAUCAUGGGAGAUCUUUUCAUUCUUUAGGGAUGGGUUAUGAUUUACUGGCAAAAGAUUUGUUUGAGUUUAUGGAUUUGCAUGAGAUUAAAUAUGCGUCAAUUGUAGGGUAUUCUAUGGGAGCUAAAACAGCGAUAUACGCAAGUGGGCUGCAGCCAUGAAGAUUUAUACUUUAUAAAGGUGAAUUUAUUAAAACAAUAUUUUUUUAGAAAAAUUGGACAAUUAUUUUUAUAAAAAAUAAUAAAGUAGUCGUAAUUGAUGCUGCUCCUGUAGAUUACACAAAUAUUCUUACCAGUCACUAUGAAAAUCUGUAUUCUUAUUUGUAUUUUAUGAAAGACUUGAAAUUAGAAGGCAAGCAUAGAAAAGAAUACGAAGAAGAAAUUGACAAAAAAUUCAAAAAUCCUAUCAUCACAAGCUUAAUUUCGUCUAAUUUGAGGAUGAAUGGGGCAAAUAGCUUUGAGUGAAGAGUAAAUGUGGACUAUUUAAUUGAAGGACUCAAAGAAAUACCAAAAUGAGAGGAAAAUGACAGAAGCUUUGAUGGCCCAGCUAUGGCUAUUGUUGGGGAAAAAUCAAGGCACACAUGUGAGUUCCCUGGAAUUGAUGUGAAAGAUUUGUAUUCUAAAUAUUUGCCUGAGUUGCAAAUAGAAGUGAUUUUAGGGACUGGGCAUUACUUGUAUAUAGAAAAAAGCAAAGAAGUUCAAGAAGCAUUGAGUGAUUUUCUCAGUAAAUUCUAA